ACAUCUUCAGGGAUUGCAGUGAUCUGCCUCCUGACAGCUCCAGUGGCACCUACACCAUCAAGCCCCGGGGGUAUCGGGACGUCAUGGUGUACUGUGAUAUGGAUGAGGAAGAUGGGGGCUGGACCGUGAUCCAGAGGAACCGGCAGGACACGGAUGUCACCUGGAACGAGUCCUGGAGCACCUACAAGAACGGCUUUGGGAACUUGCAGGGUGACUUCUGGCUGGGCAACGAGAACAUCUACUGGAUUGCCAAGCAGAGGGCCUACCAGGUCAGGUUUAUCAUCCAGGAUGGUUCAGACAAGAAGCUGUUUGCAGAUUACAACAUGUUCCGCCUGGACGAUGAGUCCCAGGGCUACAAGCUGAGGCUGGGGGCACACUCGGGGACAGCAGACGAUGCCAUGGCCCUAUUGAGCACCACCAUCGUCCAUGACAACAUGAAGUUCUCCACUAAAGAUCGGGAUCAGGACAUUUCCAAUGUGAACUGUGCUUCCAACGCUGGGGGCGGGUGGUGGUACUCGGCGUGCUACUCUGCGCUGCUGAACUACAAGGGGCCCUUGACAUGGGGAGAGUCGUGCAAGGGGAACUGCAAAGCCUCUGCCAUCCUCAUCAGGCCCCUCAAAUGCUAA